AUGGGGGUGAAGAGCUUCCGCCUCAGCGUCCUGACCCUCGGCGUCCUGCUCCUGGCCGCCGCCUCGCAGAGUGCGGAGCCGCCGCCGAGCUGCGAGGCGGUCCGGAAAGUUUUCCAGCUGCGGCGGCUCGGCCCGCUCGGCGGCGUCCCGGAGUCCCCGCGGGCAGGUGUUGAUCUCCAGGUUUGUACUUCUAAAAAUCCAACAUGCUGUACCAAAAGGAUGGAAGAAAGGUAUCAGACUGCAGCAAAGCAAGAUAUGCAGCAAGUGCUUCAAACAUCAAGUGCUACAUUAAAAUUUUUAAUAUCUCGUAAUGCAGCUGCUUUUCAAGAAACCUUUGAAAUGCUUAUCAGACUGGCUGAGAAUUACACAAGCACACUUUUCUGCAGUGCAUAUAGAAACAUGGCUGCUGAGGCUACUGUGCAUGUGCAGGAGUUUUUCACAGAUGUUGGACUCUUCUUAUUUGGCACAGACAUCAGCACAGAGGAAUUUGUGAAUAGAUUUUUUGACACCCUGUUUCCAGUAGUCUACAACCAUGUGAUUAACCCUGGUCCGACUGACAUUUCACUGGAAUAUGCGGAGUGCCUGCGAGCGGCAAGAAGAGACAUCAGGCCUUUUGGCAACAUCCCCAAAAAGGCCAUAGGACAAAUGGGAAGAUCACUCUUACCCAGCCGGACUUUCUUGCAGGCUCUGAAUUUGGGGAUCGAAGUGAUCAAUACAACGGAUCACCUGCGCUUCUCCAAAGACUGCAGCAGAGCUUUGCUGAGAAUGCAGUACUGCCCACACUGCCAGGGGCUGACGCUGACCAAGCCCUGCAUGGGCUACUGCCUCAACAUCAUCCGAGGCUGCCUGGCUGACGUAGCAGAAGUUGAUCUCCACUGGCGGGAGUAUAUCCAGUCCCUGGAGGAGCUCUCCAGAACCCUGAGUGGAGCACACGGCAUUGAGCACGUGCUGCUGAACUUCCAUUCCCUUGUUCAUGAUGCUCUGGUACAGGCUCGGAUCAACGGGCCAGAAUUAUCUGAGCAGGUGAAUAAGAUAUGUGGUCCUCCUGUAAGGAAGCCUAAACAGUCUCCAGGUUGCUCCUUUGAUCAGAACAAAGAUAAUCAAGGCUUGAAGAUGUUCUCCAGAGACAGUGAAGAAACACUCGCCAACAGAAGAAAAGAAUUUAUCAGCCACCUCCGUCUCUACAGAACCUUUUACGGCAGCCUGGCGGAUCAGCUGUGCGGGAAUGAGCUGGCAGCUGCCGAUGGACUCCCGUGUUGGAAUGGAGAAGAUGUCGUAAGAAGCUAUACGCACCGUGUGGUUGGCACUGGAAUCAAAGCUCAGUCUGCAAAUCCAGAAGUAAAAGUGAAGGGAACAGAUCCUGUAAUAAGUCAAAUUAUUGACAAGCUGAAACAUGUUAUUCAGCUGUUGCAGGGCAAAUCAUUUCCAAAACAGGACAAAUGGGAUCUCCAACAAGCAGGCAGUGGUGGAGGUGUAGAUGAAGAAAUCAGUGGUGAUUGUGAUGAUGAAGAUGGUUGCGGAGGAUCUGGAAGUGGAGAAUUCAAAAGAGUCCUGAAAAUUACAGACCGGAUGCCAGACAAGACGAACCUCAGUGACGUAAAGCAAAUCCAUCAAACCAAUGAUGGCAGCACUUUAGACACAACUGGAGCAGGAUGUACAGCAACGGCUGAUUAUAUGACAUUUAUGCUGAUUAGUUUGGUAAUACUGUUUCUCAGUCUUUGGUAA